AUGGCUUUGCUACAUGGAGGAGUUCAAGGGCAGGAGGACGAGGUUAAUGGGGAUGAGGAGGAGGAAGCCAAGGGAGAGGAGGUCGAGGUCGAGUGGGAUGAGGAGGACAAAAUCAAGGGGGAGGAGGACGAGGAGGACGAGGAGAAGAAGAAGGCGGAGGAGAACAAGAAGGAGGAGGAGGAGAAGAAGAACGAGGAGGAGAAGAAGAACGAGGAGGAGAAGAAGAAGGAGCUUGUGCCGGGAGACAUUGCAAAAUGUAUCCGGUACUAA